AUGAGUGAUAAUCAUAUUGUGCUUGCGGAAUCAUUUGAAGAUAAUGAGGAAACUAUCGUUGCUAAUGAGGAUAUUAUCGAAAAUAAUGAGUGUCCUAGGUUAAACGACGAAUUACCAAGAGAAGAUAAUGACCUUGUCCCUAAAGUUGGAAUAAAGUUCAAAAAUGAGAAUGAAGUUUUUGAAUUUUAUAAAAGGUAUGCUUACCAUGUUGGUUUUCCUGUUAAAAGAAGGAAUUCGAAGAAGGGUGAUGAUGGGGUGGUACAAUAUGUUGGAUAUGCUUGUAGUCGAGAAGGUAAAAGAAAUAUUAAACCUAACACCUCUUUGAACCCUCAACUAACUAUUCAGUUAGGGUGUAAAGCUAGACUGACAGCAUGUUCAGAUGUUUUAGGAAUAUGGAGAAUAAGCACAGUCCAUCUUGAGCAUAACCAUAAAACAAGUCCAACCAAAUCUAGGUUAUAUCGAUGCAAUAGGCAAUUAAGUGAACAUGUGAAGCGGCAGCUUGAAAUGAAUGAUAUAGCUGGAAUUCCAUUACACAAAAGUUAUAACUCAGUUGUUGUUGAAGUGGUGGAUAUGAGAAUCUCACGUUUGUGGAAAAGGAUUGUAGGAAUUACAUUGACCAAGUGA